UUCAACAAGCAAGUUUAACCGCAGAGAAGAAGAAGAUGGGUUCUUCAACAAGAUCAUCGUCAUCUUCUUCUAUUGCAGUUUCCCUCCUCAUCCUCUCCGCAGUGGGACUUCUUCCCCUUCUUGCUCACAGCAAUGGCGGGUUCUCCAUGGAGCUCAUACACCGCGACUCACCAAAAUCUCCUUUUUACGACCCCACCUCCACCCCUUACUCCCGCCUCAAAGCCGCCGCAGAACGCUCCCGCUCCCGCGCUAUCUACUUCCAAAAAGCCAUUCAAGCAAACACCCCCUCCAACUCAUCUUCCCCAACUCCGGCCGCCGCCGACGAUUUCUACUCAGAGAUCACGCCGAACAAUUUCGAGUAUCUAAUGAGCAUCUACCUCGGAUCUCCGGCGAAGAAAUCUCUAGCCAUCGCCGACACCGGCAGCGACCUUAUCUGGAUCCAAUGCAAACCAUGCGAUCAAUGUUAUCGCCAAACAGCCCCCUUGUUCGAUCCCAAAUCCUCCUCCACCUACAAAAUCGUGUCCUGCAAUUCUGACUCCUGCUCUGCUUUACCACAGGGGAGUUGCGGUUCGGAAUCGCAGUGCGCGUAUAACUAUGCCUAUGGGGAUGGUUCCUACGUCGAUGGUUAUCUCUCCACAGAAACCAUUAGCUUCAACACCAUUGGCGGCCGGCAAGUUCAGUUCCCAAAAAGCUUCUUCGGUUGCACGCAUCGCAGCAAUGGAACCUUUGAUGAAAAGGGAGCGGGUCUCGUCGGACUUGGAGGAGGGCAGCUCUCUCUAAUCCGCCAACUUGGUUCCGCCAUUGAUAGCAAGUUCUCUUAUUGCCUCCCUUCCGCCGAGCAGACCUCUGCAAAAAGCCGUCUUAACUUCGGCUCAAACGCUGUUGUUCCAGUCGGCUCCAAUGGGGCCGUUACCACUCCAUUGCUCCCCGGCUAUCCUGACACCUUCUACUUCCUCAGCCUGGAGAAGAUUUCCGUGGCCGGAGCUGGAGCUGUGGACGUGAAACCAGCAUCAUCAAUGAACGCAAAACCAAAUGAUGUGCAGGGCAACAUCAUCAUUGAUUCCGGCACCACCCUCACUCUCAUCGACGAUGAGACAUUGCAGGAUGUAACAAGCAAGGUGGUGAGCAUCGUGAAGCUCCGGCAAGUGGAGGACCCCAGUGGUGUUUUCAGUCUCUGUUUCGAUGUUUCCGGUAAAGGAAAAACUGCCACGUUUCCUGAUAUAACAUUCCACUUCUCCGGCGGCGCAGCAGUCGUUUUGCACGAAUCGAAUGCUUUUGUUGAAUCUGCUACGAAUGUGCUGUGUCUGGCUUUGAUAUCCAGUGAUGGAAUUGGUGUCAACAUCUUUGGUAAUAUUGCGCAGCAGAACUUUCAUGUUGAAUAUGAUCUUGAUGCCAUGAAACUCACCUUGGCGCCUGCUGAUUGCGCCAAUCUGUGAUAUGUUAUUAGUACUGUUAUGUAAAGUGGCGAGCGUUUCGAGCGCUUUGUUUAUAUAUAUGCCUUUCACUUGUACUUGAUCUUAUUUGAUCUUACAUAUAUGAAUGCA